AUGAAGAGUGCACAAGCACUGAUUGGCGGAGUCAUUGGAGCGACUGAGGCUGCGACAUUUCUCCCCGGCAUUCCUACUGUGCCAUUUCAGAGCGUCGCGAAUGGCACAUUUAGUUUUGGAGAUGUAAAGACCAUUGUCGUUGAUGCGCAGUAUGCAUCGUCUAUAGAUGAGGCGGGCCAAACCUUGAUACCGCCAACGCUCUUUGAGUUUGCCUCGGUAUUUGCAGAGGACCUGGGAACGGUCAUCAAUGCGUCCAUCGAAGCAGUCAACGGAAGUAGCUGCUCAGACGGCAGUGUCUACAUUACCAUUGCCGACCCGGCCAGCUAUCUGGAUGCGGCUGGUCGUGAGUCUUCAGAGGGCUACAGUCUCGACGUCAAUUCAUCAUGUUUGACCAUCACGGGUGCUUCACCGCUCGGUGCCUGGUGGGCGACUCGUACCGUGCUCCAACAAUUAGUACUCUCAGAGGCUGAUACCCCAAGUAUCCCAAUUGGCUCGAGCUUGGAUGUCCCCGGAUGGCCGACAAGGGGCGUGAUGCUCGAUGCCGGCCGCCACUACUACCCCCCAGACUUUGUGACUGAUCUCUGCAGCUACAUGUCCUUCUUCAAGCAGAACAUAUUGCAUCUCCACCUCAGCGAUAAUCUGUAUAAUAAUCCCAACUACACGCUCCAGCAGUCCCUGGACCUGUAUGCCCGAUUUCGGCUCUGGAGCGACGACUCGGCAGUGGCAGGAUUGAACCUGCACGCGAAUGAGUCUUACACCGAGGCCGAUUUCGACACAAUUCAGUCGAAAUGUGCAGCCCGGGGCGUUACCAUAAUCCCCGAGAUCGAGGCUCCCGGCCACGCGCUUGUAAUUACCCAGUGGAAGCCCGAGCUCGGCUUGGAAGGCGACAUUGACCUCCUCAACAUUUCGCACCCCGAAACAGUGCCGACCAUGAAGGCAAUCUGGUCUACCUUCUUGCCUUGGUUCAAGAGCAAGGUUGUCUCAAUUGGUGCAGACGAGUAUACCGGCCCAGAGUCGGAUUACAAUGACUUUGUCAAUACCAUGGCAUCCUUUAUCGAGUCUACCAGUGGAAAGUCGACUAGAAUUUGGGGAACGUUUCCACCCAUCUGUAAUAACGCAACAUGGACAAAUGUCUAUGAGAACGUGUCUGUCCAACACUGGGAGUAUUUUGAAGACAAUCCAUACUAUGACUACAUCCAGAACAACUAUUCUGUAGUAAACUCCAACGAUGACUUUUACAUUGUCAACAAGUGGGCGCCGCCCGGAGGCUACUUGAAUUCCAUCAACCUGACCAAGACGUUUCACGGCUCACCCGAUCAGAGCUAUUGGCGGCCAAACGUUUUUGACCAGCACAAUGAUACCAACAACCCCGUCGCAUCCAACCCAUAUGUCUUGGGCGCCAUUGCGCCGAUUUGGAAUGACUAUGGAGCGAACGCUUCAGUGUACUCGGAAGCCUACUAUGCCUGGCGAGAAGGUAUCCCGGCCAUGGCCGACAAGCAGUGGGGUGGCAACCUGAGCGAGGAGGCUUUUCCGGGAGUGUUUACGCUGCUGCACCCAACUAUUCCCGGCCAGAACCUAGAACGCACGAUCCCGUCAAUAUCCGAGGUCAUUGUAAACUACACGCUCGCGCAAUCGACCAACUCGACGUCGAACCUCAUUGAAGACAUUUCAGGAAACUCGUACACUGCCGAGAGCGAUUGCGAUUGGACCGAGGAUAGCACGGGCGGCCCUGCGCUCGCAAUCUCGGACGGAUGUAGCGUCGUUACUCCACUAGACUCCAAAGGCCGCAAUUAUACCCUGUCGCUCUCAUUGCUCGUCGACUCGCUGACGGACGCGACCAAUGCCACGCUCCUCUACGGCCGCGACUCGGCGCUCAUGCUCACGCCCAACAUUACACUGUUUGCGGCUGGCAACUACUUUCGCCUCAACGCCACGGUGCCCGAGGGCGAGUGGUUUGAUCUCAAGCUGGUCGAACGCGGCAACCGCACCUACGCAGCGGUUGACGACGGAGAAGAGAUGGAAUUUCUUGCCGUCAUGGGCAUCAAUGGUAUUUACCACCACUGGGCAGAGAUUGCAAUCGAGGCGCCGCUCAAGACCUUGGGAGGACUGACAAGUGGAUGGACUGGCCUCUUCCGGGGCUUAAGUUUGACUUCUGCAGCUUAG